UUCCGCUUUGAUGUUGUUUUACGACACAACUGUUGCACAGGAGCUUGAACAUCAUCGUUAUCGUCAUCAUUUAGCUCCUGUCAGUCGCGGAAAAUGCUGUUUAGCCCCACGGGUUUGAGUGAAUGUUUACGAGAAUGGGAGGAUUUAGAGAAGGGCUAUCAACAAAUUCAGGAUACUCAUCGUCUGUAUAAGCAAAAACUUGAAGAAGUGACUAAGCUGCAAAACAACUGCUCAGGUGCCAUCACACGUCAAAGGAAACAACUCAAAGAGCUUUCAGCCUCAUUAGAAGAAUGUAAACAACACAGUCCAGAGUUCAGGUUAAAUCCAGAGGAUGUCAACUCAAUCGCUGAAAUCAAAGAUGCCAUCCAAGAGAGAGCGUACGCUUUCUCUGAGAUGGAAGCUUUUCUGCCAAAAAAGAACGGGUUGUAUCUCAAUCUGGUUCUAGGAAACGUCAAUGUAACUCUGCUCAACAAACAGUCAAAAUUUGCCUACAAAGAUGAAUAUGAGAAGUUCAAGCUGGUCCUCACCGUCAUCAUCUUCCUCUUCUCCUUCACCUGUCGAUUUCUGCUCAGCUACAGGGUGCUGGAUGCCCUCUUCAACUUCCUGUUGGUGUGGUACUACUGCACUCUCACCAUCAGGGAGAGCAUCCUCAUCAGCAAUGGCUCAAGGAUUAGAGGUUGGUGGGUUUUCCAUCACUACGUGUCGACCUUCCUCUCUGGCGUCAUGCUCACUUGGCCUGAAGGUUCCCUAUACCAGAUGUUUAGAAACCAGUUCUUAACAUACUGUCUUUACCAAAUAGGCUUUGUCCAGUUUCUGCAGUAUUACUACCAGAGUGGCUGUUUGUACAGACUUAGAGCACUGGGAGAAAGACACAACAUGGACCUGACAGUAGAGGGUUUCCAGUCUUGGAUGUGGAGAGGGCUGACCUUCCUGCUUCCUUUCCUGUUCUUUGGUCACUCCUGGCAGCUGUACAACAGUAUAACACUCUUCAAGAUGUUCCAGCUGCCAGAGUGCAAAGAGUGGCAGGUGCUGAUGUGCGGCUGCUCGUACCUGGUGCUCUUCCUGGGGAACUUCUUCACCACGCUGGGAGUGGUUUACCAAAAAUACACCAACAACCAGGACAAGUCCAAGACUUUAUAAUGGUGGAGCCAGCUGUUUGUCUGAGGCUCUAAUGUGAGCUUUUCAUCAGUGUCAAACAUGUGACACUUUUUAACACUCAAUGCUGUUUUUACCAAAGUCCAAACGAUUUCAAAUGAUGUGCUUAAACUGUCUCACUGGUAUUAACAAAAAAAAGAGAAAGAAAACGGUUGGUAAGGGUUACUGGUGUCGUUUACAGACAAGAACUCAAGACAAGAAGUAAAAUGCUGAGAUAUAUGUUUCUGCAGUUUUUAGAGGUUACUAUAAAUAUUUAUUCAGCACAACAGAAAACUUGGUUCCAGAGUUUCUGCUGCUGCAGACUUUACCCUGAGAGUUUACGAAUGCUGUUAGGAGGAGAAUCUCUAGACAUCUGUGCACCACUGAGAGCAGCUGAAGUAACUGUUAUACUUUUAUUCUGAUUUCUUCAGGUCUGUACAACACGAGAUCUCAUUUGCUGAUCAGCAAACUUAUUUAUUCAGGAAAAAUCGACAUUUUUUCUGCCCCAGCAGCUGCUGCGUAGCCUCACUUGACACCAUGAAUAAAGAAAACUCCCAUCAUCA